CCAUAAUAAUUCUAUCUACAGACUUAGCACGCUUUCUCACUUUCUCGCACGCGCUCGCUGUCAGAGGACUAAAGAAAGCCGUCUUGCUAUCAGUAUACGAAGCUACAUUCCGCCAACGACCGUUUCUGAGGUCGAGGUAGACUCAUUUUACAGCUGAGCUCCGGCUCCAGCGACGCUUACGCCUCACACAACUGCGACAAUCGUUACAUCCACAUCAUGGCGCCUCUAACAACGUCAACCAUUGCCGACGUCUACGAUGGCCUCUCGCCCAUGGCCGUCCAUGCUUUGCAUCGGAGAGCUGAAGAGGUCAUUCAACAUGGUCAAGGCGCUGCGCCUCCACGCUCCUUCAACAACCAAGGCUUCCUAGCUCUGUUCGCUAUCAUAGGCGGUGGCAUGGUCAUAGCAGCCAUCUGGUUCUUCUUCUGGGCCAAGAACGGCGGGUUCAAGUUCCAGGAAGGAGACUGGGAAGAGUACAAGUCGACUGUGCUGCGACGCAAGGGUCCGGAUGGCAGGACUCUGAGUAACGCGACGAAGAGCACCAAGCUCGGCGGUGGCAGUGUUGUCCACGGCGGCGGAGACUAUGGCCAGAGCGAAUACACCGAGUCGUCCGGAUACACGGAAAAGAGCGAGAUGAGGGAGCCCGACCGCGGUCACGGCAUUCGAGGUGGCGGAGGACAGCACUCCAGUCGUUACAGCAACCGCAAGCCGCGAGACCCUGAGCUGGCAGAGUACCGCCACGAGAAGCCUGCGCGUGUGGGAGGCCUGAACCGCCAGAACGACGGCGUACACUUUGAUUACUCCAACACCGGCUCCGAUCUGUCACAGACUCCGCUCGUCAAAGGCAAAGACAAGGACAGCAGCAAGACCCGCGCCCAGAAAGAAAAGGAACGCAAGGCAAACGCAAAGGCCGCCCAGAAACACCUCAAAGCCGCCCAGAAGGAAGCCGCCGCGCAAGAGAAGAAGGCCAAGGCCGAGGCCAAAGCCGCCGAGAAGAGGCAAGCACAGAAGAAGAAGGACGCCGCCAAAGACAAAGACAACAAGCCUCCAAAGCCCUCGUCGUCCGGCCAAGCCUCGAGCUCGAAACCUCGCGCCCCGCCGACCGAGUACACCUACGACGACACCGCCACCGUAUACACGAGCCCCUACACCGACUACGUGCCUCCUUCGCAGCCGUCGUCGACGUCGCAGGGCUCGCAACCAUCGCAGCGCAGCCAGCCAUCCUCCUACUACGACUCAUACCGCCCGCACAACACCACCCGCUCGACAAACACCCCUCCCCGCACCCACUCCCAGUCGCCCCGCAAGCCUCGCCGCGUCUUCUCCGAGCGCGACUGGGCUACCGGGGUCAGCUCAGACUCCGGCACCAAGGCCUACCCGCACUACAUUCCUGGGCUGAGCUCGGCAGGCAGUGUCGCGGUCGAGGACAGCGUCAGCCAAGCGGGCGCCCGUAGGGAGAGAGAUCGCCGUGGCGGCGGAAAUGGGUAUCGACGCGGCGGUGGACGGAGGGAUAGUCUGGAUGGUGAUGACUAGGGGGAGGGAUGUUGGUUGGUGUGUGUGGAUGGAUGGAGAAUGGAGAAUGGAGGAUGGAGGAAUGAAGGAAUGAAGCGCGGCAUUUGAGCUUUUUACUGUAGAUUAACAGGAUGGAUGGAUGGAUGGAUGGAUGGGAAACAUGAUGAUUGGGUGUUCUGGUUCUUUGACGACUAUGAGCGAUUGUUUCGGUCGGGGAACGGGCGUUAUUGCUUUGUCUGCGUGCGGAGCUGGGUUGGCAGGAUGACGACGGGAUGGGCACAUCCACCUGCUGGUCGAGACGACAUGACACACACUGUAUGUAUGUAGAACAAAACAUGAAUGAAAGGAAGAAAGCACAAAUGCAAUGCAAUGUCAGCUAGCCA